AUUUAUCAAAGUUACAACCAAAGUUGAAAAUUGGAUAGAAAAGACUAGUGUUGAUGGUAAAUGGCCAGCUAAUAGCAAAAAUAUUACUCAAUCUUGGCUUAAAGAAGGGUUAAAACCUCAAUAUCUUAAUUAUGAAAAUAAGAAGUUUUCCAAAUCUCGCAAUAUUUGGGUAUUUGGUGGUGAUGCAAAGGAUAACGGAAUACCUUUUGUCUGGAGAUAUUAUUUGAUUUCAAGCCGUCCUGAAACAAGUGGUUCCAUAUUCACUUGGAAAGAAUUUAUUAUCAGGAAUAAUACUGAAUUCACUAUUCCAUCUUUCUCUUAUGAUUCCGAAUCCGAACAAACACUUAUAGAGAACAUCAAUAAUUUGUUGACAAAUUAUAUUGAAGCACUAGAAAAUAUAAAAUUACGUGCAGGUCUUGAAAUAGCCAUGGAUAUUUCACGACAGAGCAAUGGUUAUCUGCAGGAAUCAAAACCUGAUAACACUUUGUUUGCCAAUAGUCUUGAGAAAUGCGCUUCGGUCAUUGGAGUCUCGAUAAAUUUGAUUUAUCUUCUUUCCGCCGUAUUUAGUCAAUAUAUGCCAUCCGUCACUGAGUCCAUUCUCCGUCAAUUAAAUGCACCACUGAGGAAUAUUCCUGAUACGUUUACAAUGGAUAUUGAAGCUGGCCACCAAAUCGGCAAAGCCGAAUUUCUUUCAAGAGGAUUGAUGAAAAAAUGGCAGAAGAAUUUAACUACAAAUAACGUAAUAGCAACUGAAGUUCCAAAAGCUGAUUAA